AUGGUUUCCCAGGAAGCUGGAACUCCAAUGGAGUCAUCUUCAUCGACUUCGAUAGAGACAUCGGAGGAUAUUCAACGAAUCCUAUUCCGGCUGGUCCGUGCGGAUACCGAUGCCAAAUUGCAAGCGGUUACAGAUCGCUAUUUGUGCGAUGUGAUCGAACUGGCUGCUCAGAAGGAAGAGUAUCGUCAAUUGGUGACCACUGAAUUCCUGUCACCAUUCAACAAAAUGGUCCGAAGCAACUUAGCAAUCCGACUGCCAGUUGUUCGUCUUUUGCAAAUGUUUCAAGGAAAUUGUGCUCUAUCUUCGAACUUCAGUCUGAUUUAUCUCAAAUUCGCGAAAGAUAGACUCGAAGCAGCAGAGCAAUUAGAAGUUCUUCCUGCUUACUUGAGAUCGUUCAGUAAAAAACCAACGGAUCUCAAUUACAUUUAUGAUAUAUUCUCGUUGUGUCUUCCUGGGCUUUAUCGAUUGGCGGAGAUGGAAAAGAAGAAUUGGCCCAACCUUGAUAUGACAUCUGGAGAUGUUGAAAUUCUAGCAAGAUGCUUUGAGGCAGUUUUGGUUUUCAAUGAAACGAGCAGAGAAAGAAUCACCAACGCACUCGCAGGGCGUUUGCAGCUAAAGGAUAACGGUCUCUGUCUUGCUGAAUUCAUUCAAAUCGCGCGGAAAGUUUUCCCAGAACAAUUGAAUCUAACAGAGACCAAGAUGAUGAUCCUGAAAGUUCUAGGCAAAGAACUGCUCGAUGAUAAGAUUGCUUUUCCAAUUUUUGUUGUGGCGAGAGGAUCGAAACUCAAUGAAGUGGAUGAUCUGGCUGAAAAUCUUCUCAAAAAGAUUUCAACGGAAAAAUUGGUGAAUGAGAGAAGCGUAGUCGACAAGUUAAUGUAUUUAUAUCUGGGAUCUGAAACUUUCAUGAAGAAGCCAACAGAUCCUUUGCUACUGGUUCAACAGGGACCACCAGCCGUUCAACAAGCAGUCCUGUCAUAUCUGACAAAGUCCACAGAAGUGCUGACUGCGAUCACCAGCAACGUCAAGAUUUGCCUAUUUGGUUGUGAGAGUAUACACGCUCGAGUUCAAGCAGCUGCAAUGAACUUCUUCAAUCACUGUGCCGAGAAGAUGCCGGAUAGAUAUCUGAAGCCGUUUGCAGACAAAAUGUUCAAAACGCUCCGCAAGCUUUCUUCCUCGGAUGCAAUCACCACUCUCGCAUUAUGUGGAACCUAUCGUUGUGUGGCAGUGAUCGGUAAACGAACACCCAGUUUAGUUCUGGACGAUGCUGCAGUUAUCACGAAGAUGUUCGAAGUCCUCUCUACGGAAAGUGUUGAAGAUGUCUCGAGUGCAAUCGUUUCUUGCCUCACAACGUGGCUUCCUCUGUUUUUGGAAUCUGAAAAAGCGGAACUCCGUACAAGACUCAGGGAAUUCAUCAGUGAAUAUAUCAAUUCCGAGUCUCCAAACUGCCGUUUAGCUGCCUUGAAAUACGCUGAAGCUUUGAUCGGAGAAAACGACAUGAAUCUACGAUGGAUUCUGAUUCAAUCCGCUGGUGACCAAAGAGAUUCUAUCCGAUCAGAAGCGCUCAGACAACUCGAAAAGUCGCUCCAGAAACCAACUCCUCCUCCUUCUGUGAUCAUUGGAGCACUGUGGAGUAGCCUUCAUAAGGAUUAUCGUCGCGCUGCAAAUGAGACAACGAACACAACGGUGAACACCUACAACAGUUUGGUUCAUCAAAUUGCAUCGAAAUAUCUCUACGCGGUAUUCGAAACGAUUGUGAUGAAAGAGGCAGCACACCUUCGGAUCGUUGAAGGUGAUGAUCAUUGGAUGACAGUGGCUCCACGAAUUGUUCAAUUGCUACACGAAGUUGGAAACAUCGAGAUGAUUGAGAAAGCAACAGAGUUGGCUUUGCAUGCGACUGUGGAAUCUACAGAUGUUCAUCUUUUCCGAAUCGCUUCAUGCUUCCUUGCUGCCUUCCGAUCCUUCUCCAAAGAAGCGGUAUCGACUCGCUUCCAAUUUGCCGUUCCAUCGUGUGUACAGAAACUUCGAGACUCAACCAGGAUGGAGUUUUCUACUACCUUGGCGUAUCUUCUCUCGGCACUUAUACAUGAUGAUCAGGCCGCAAGAUUGGAGCUGUUCACCACUUCCAAACUACAACUGAACGACAAGGAGAUUCCGGGGCUUGCAUUCACUUGUGCUUCGAUGCUCACUCCUCUUUUGGGUGCACAGUUCCUUCCGCCAGUAAUGCCGUCGGAAUUCAUUAAAGACGUCUUCAUACCGCUCAUCAAAAAUGGAUUCCAACGACCAACGUCAACUCUUGAAUCGACACUUGGCGCACUUGUCUUCUUGCUGCAAAACAAUCCAACCGCAUUGAAUCGGAAGACCCAUAAAGAAGUUAUGGAUGAUUUGAUUGUGAACUGUGAGAAGAUUGCAGUUUCAAGGCAAGAUUCGUUCAGUCAGAAGACACGUGGAUUCUGUGCAAAAGUUAUUGGUUUACUCAGUGGAGAUGUAGAGAACGAUGAAUCCAAUUUCGAGCAGUCUAGAGAGAGUUUGAUCAGAAUUGGCUCAGGUCCGCCACAACACGAACUUCAAUUGAUUGUUGGAGAGGCAAUCGUGGAUUGUAUUCUUGGAAGAUGGGCAAUCUCCAAAAGAGACUAUUACUUGCUAGGCGGGGAUAGUCUGACGCUGACGGAGAGAAUGAAGACUGAAGCUCAAGUUAAAGAAGUGAACGAACGACUUGUCACUUUUAUCACAGAGAUACUGGCUGAUAAAAAGACGAAUGCCAAUCAACAUGCGCGCAAAGCAGAGCUGAUUUGGCUGCUCAUCGUGGUUCAGAGCUUCUCCGUUUUGAAAGCUGACGUUCUGAAAAAUGCCCAGCUUCUAGGAGCUAUUCAGAAUGCUUUCACGGACGGUCUCACUGAAAACGACGAAUUCUCGCAAGACAUUUCAGCUAAAGGAAUGGGAAUUGUCUAUGGUUUGGCAGAUGGAUCAUUGAAGAAGGGGCUGGUUGAAUCGCUCAUGGAUACACUCUCCGAAGGAAAGAGAUCGGAGACUAAAGUUGAAGGAGAGACUCAGCUCUUUGCAGCAGGUCAAUUGGGAUCGACUCCCACUGGAGGGAAAUUGACGACAUACCAGGAACUGCUAACGCUUGCUUCUGAUCUCAACCAGCCGGAUCUAGUCUACAAAUUCAUGCAGCUUGCUCGUCAUAACGCCACGUGGAAUUCCAAAAUGGGAGCUGCACAUGGAUUCGGGGCACUUUUGGAGAAUGCAAAGGAGGAGAUUGAGCCCUAUUUCAAGCAACUAGUACCAAAGUUAUUCAGGUUUCGAUACGACCCCGAUAUUAAGGUACAAAGUUCGAUGAAGUCUAUCUGGGGAAUCUUGACAGCUGAUCGAAAGAAUGUUGUUGAUGAAUUCGCGAAUGAAAUUGCCAAAGAGUUGUUACCAGCGUUGACGGAUAGAGAAUAUCGUGUCCGAGAGUCAUCGUGCCUUGCAUUGUCUGACUUACUCCGAGGACAUGACACCGAAGAAAUGCACAAAUUGAUUCCGGAGUACUUGGAAUCAGUACUCAGAGUUCGAGACGAUGUCAAAGAGUCGGUGAGAGAAGCGGCCAACAGAGCAGCUGACGCGAUUUCCAAAUUGAUUAUUCGUCUUGGAUCAUCGAAUAAUUUGGAGAAAUCCAAUCGUUUCCUCUCUAUCGCUCUUCCAGCGUUGAUUGAUCGAGGAAUCUUGAAAGCUACUGUGAAGGGAAAUCGACUUUUCUGCUUGAGUGUUGUCUUAGAGUUGACAAAACAUGCAGGCAAACAACUCAAGCCUUAUAUCGCGGAACUGAUUCCAAUGUUGAUGGAUGCAGUUAGUGAGAAUGAGACACCUCUUCUCAACUAUAUCGCGGCAAGAGCGGACACUCAACAAAUUGAAAUGUUGGAUGAUGCGAGAGCAAGUAUGGCUAAAGCCUCUCCGAUGGUCACUGCUGUCAAUGAUCUUCUUCCACAUAUCGAUUCCCAAAUUCUCAUUGACAUGACUCCCAAAAUCGCUGACACUCUUCGAUCAUCCGUGGGAACCUCUACUCGCUCUUCAGCUGCUGAUUUUGUUUCCCAAUUGGCUCUUCGCGCUCCCCAACUCAUGUAUGAUCACACUUCUCAGGCGGACAAACUGUUUGGAGCACUGAUUCCCGGUGUUCGAGAUCGAAACCCUUCGAUUCGCAAACAGUUUGCAAACGCAAUGUCCUACUUGGCGAAGUUCACUUCACAGAGUCAGAUGAAGAAGUUGAUCAAGACAGUUGUUGCUGAUUUAUUAGGAAGCGAUGAAGAAUUGAAAGUUUCCAGUUGCCACGUCAUCAGCAAUUUGGCUGAAAAUGCAGCUGAAGUUCUGAAAGGAUACACAUCCCAAAUCGUUCCAUAUGUAUUAUUGGAGAAGUGCAGAGAAGUUCCAAAAGGCGACGAGCCAGCUCGUUUAAAACAGGAGAGGUGGAAUGAAGUGUGGUCGGAGCUUGUACCAUCCACAAGUGCUGCUGCUCGCCUCUACAAGACGGAAAUUUUAGAUCUGGCACUGGAUUUAGUGACUAAUAGUGAAGUGUGGUCAGUAAGAAAGCAAGCUGCUGUGAUGGUUGGAGUACUUUUUGAUAGUUUGAAAGAAGAUGCAGGAAUCGAGUUGGCCAGAAAAACCGCGUUUUGCCUCCUCCGUAACCUAAAUGGACGAAUCUGGGAUGGCAAAGUUGAAGUGUUGAAAUCACUCUCGAAUUCGUUUGAAGCAGGUGGAAUCAACUUCCAAACUAGUUUACAACUGGAUGAAGCCCAAGAAAUUGUUCAAGUUUUACGAAGAGAAUCAUCAAGAAAGAACGCUGAUUAUGCCUGCGCAGGUCUUGCAACAUUGGCUUCGUGGGCGGUGAUCACUGAAGAUGUGGAUUCUGGAAACUGGCUGGCGCAGAAAGUCGCUGAAAACAUUGGAAAAUUGACGGGAACUCGAAACGAUGAUGAUUCUGACGACGAUAUGGAGGGAAUUUCAAAUUUGGAAAAAGAAAUUCGUGUUUCCCAGUUGGUUACCCUGAAUUUCACUGCGUUGGCGAAGUCUUUGAGAACCUUCCAAACUGAGGAGCAAGCUGAGAAUUCGCUGAAUCAAGUUGCCGAUUAUGUCAAAAACAGUUCAAUUGCCUGGAAAUCAAAACAGUUUCUGUUCAUUGAAUUGGUCAAAACUAUCGAGAAGUGGCAACCUCGUCAAGCUGUGAACGCUCAAAAACUAGUUGAAAAUCUUUUGGAGCAAGCUGAUGAGUUGUGCGAUCAGCAAAAGCCGACAGUCGCCGCUGAUGCAUUACUGGUGGUACUUCGGAUGCAAGACAGACACCAAAUGUUCGGAGUCGAUUGGAAAUCUGUGAUAGAUCGGGUUGAUCGGGGUACUGCCGGAGCAGCUACCGGUCUAGGAAGUCGAUUCGAAAUGAAAAUGGAGACUUCUUAA